UAGCAGGAGUCGCUUUGUUGCGGCCUUGUGGGGGGUUUAUUGGAAUCAAGUUAUUGGAUCCAAUACAAAAGGACCUGCUAAAGUCCAAGAUGAGUGAUACAAGGACAACAUAUAUUAGGUUAUGUAAAGAUGUUCAUAUUGAACCACAGGAAAGUUUAAUACAAGAAAUGAAAAGAUUAAGUCCAGAAAACACUCUUCUUGACUUGUCAACAUGUAGCCUAACAACUGAAAUGUGUUCUGUAUUAGGGAAGUUGUUUGCCAUAGAUUACACACUAACCCAGCUUUCUCUAGCUGACUGCAUGCUUCCAGAAGAUGGAAUGAAGGCUGUAUUACUUGGACUUUGUAGCAACAGAACAGUAACAUCCUUAGACUUGAAGGGAAAUAAUAUGCGAGUUGCUGGUGCUGAAGGAGUUGGACGUCUUCUUCGUCAUAAUCACCAUGUGAAAAGUCUUUGUUUAGAGUGGAACACAUUGGGUCUACUUCCUGAUAAAUUUGCUCUGCUUGCAGAAGGUUUGGCAGUUAAUACAUCCCUAAAGAGCUUGGACCUACGGAAUAACCAGAUUAACCACGAGGGUUCUAAGCACAUUGCCCUAGCUCUCCAGAGAAAUGGAAAUUUAGAAAAAUUAGAUCUGAGGUGGAAUAACUUGGGCCUUAUGGGAUGUCGAGCAUUACAGGAGUGUGUGCAGUAUAAUAGAUCUUUAACUGAACUGCAACUGGCAGGAAUUGGUGUUCCUGCUGAUAUUGUAAAAACUAUAGAAACAACCAUUUUCAGUAAUGCAGAGAGACAACUUGCCACAACAGAAUGGUUUGAACGUACACAGAGACUUACUGAAGAAAUUAGACAGCUUGAGCACAACAAAAAUUUAGAGGUAACACAUUUAAUGGACAGACUUGAACAGGUGGAUGAAGAAAUGAACAACACUCAAAAACAUAGUUUAAUCAAAAUAAAACACCUUCAGGAAGCCUUGGAUGAGAGAACAAAUGCCUUCAGAAACCUUGCAGCUAAAGUGGAAACUCUUCAAGCAACACUGAGCUUGGCUGAACAGAAAAACAAAGACUUAUCUGAAAUUCUGUCUCAGGCACAACAAGACAACAGUGAUUUAAGAAAACAGCAUUACAACCUGUUAUCCCAAGAAAGGAAGGACAGAGCUAACAGUGAAGCUCAACUAAUAGAAGAUCUCAGUAGCUUAAAAGAAAAAAAGUUACAAUUAGAACAAGAGGUAACUAAAAUUCAUCAGAGAGAGAAAACCCUAGAAGAAAGAGUUCAAGAACUGGAAAUAAAAGUAAAAAAUUAUGAAAAAAGGAUAAGAGAAAUGGAAGAAAGUCACCAAGGUCAGCUAUCAAUAUUGAAAGAACAACACAGAGUUAUGCUACAGGAUGCAGAUCAACUACGAGAAAAGGAUCUAUUGAAAGUAAGGACUGAGGCUGAGGCUAUGGAGAGCAGCUUAAGAGAGCAUAUUAAGAAGCUUACAUCACAGAGAACAUCUUUGGAAGAGGAAGUUGGAAAGUUAAACACUCAAAUAAUGGCAGAACGAAGUAAAGCUGAGGAUCAAUUGGCUUUGCAAAAACUCCACUGGAAGGCGGAAGAGGGACAGCGUGUAAGUUGGCUUGAAGAAAAAGUGAAAAUGAUAGAAGAAGCAAAAGAAAAUCAAGAGAAAUAUGCACAGCAGCAAUUACAGACCAUUCAUGAACUUCAGUCAGAGAAGAAAACAAUGUCUACAGAGAUGGAGAAUCUGAAGAAAAAUCUAGAGAAACAAAGAGAAGACUUGGCUGGAAAGGAAGAAGAAAUUCAAGUUGCAGCCACUAAAGUAAAACAUCAUGUUCAUGAAGUCUUCCAACUUCAGAAAUUAAUUGAGGAAAAUGUCCGGAAACAUCAAGAAGAGAUAACAGAAAAAGAACAAGAAAUCAAAAGUCUUAGGAAACAAGUGAGAGCUCGGGAUGACCAGAUCAGACAUAUCCAGGAUAGUGAAGCCCAGAGAGCCGCCAUAUUGCAAUCAGCAUUUAAAAGCUAUUUUAGUGAACGAUCAGAUACAUUAAAUCCACACCACUGACCCAACAAGUGGUCAUGAUUCACUGUUAUUGAGGAUCUGUGUCACAAUGAUCAGUCAGUUGUUACAAGGUAGUAUGAUGGAAGUUAAGGUUUAAGCCAGAUCCACUAAUUAAUUAGUAGUGAAAGGUCUGUUCAUGUUAAGUCUGUGUGGUCCAUCUUAGUAGGUAUGAGUCGAAGAAGUUGAAAAUGUUAAAAUACAACGGGUAGUUGUAAUGGUUUCAAAAUUCAAAUGAAUGUCUACUUUAAUUCUGCCAUAAUACUUGAAUCUUGAUAUGCCAAGUUUGUUUCAUUCGGUAUACCAUAAAAAUGGUUUUGAACAGUUUUAUUUACUGAUGUUGGAGCAGUAGGGUCCCAAGUACAUAGCUUGUUGUGCCUAACAGUCUGUAAAACUCUUGGAGAAAAAAAAGAGCAAUAGAAUACAGGUUAAUACACAUUUGUAGGAGUCAAUUUGAAUUAAUACUUAUAAAUUUAUAUUUUAUGUUUAUAUCCACCUUCGA